UCGUUAUCUUGAUGUUGUUCUCGAACAACAUCAGAAAGUAUGUGUAAAGUAAAUUGACAAUAAUUAAUUCUUUUUCUGAACAUUUAUACAUAUCGAAUAAUGUUUUAUGAUAUCUACUUGUAGCUUAGUGGAACCAAAACAAGUUAAGUCAAAAAAAUGUAUAAUUUUGGAGUUGUCAGUGCAUUUUCAAAGCACUUUUUGAGCAAUGUACUGGUGCCCAGUCGUAGUGUUUUUACAAAUUCUCCGUUAAAUUUAAAUGUCACAAGUGUUUUAUAUGCUGAACCCUUGAAGAAAAAGAAAAGAAUGGAUCCAGCAAUUAUUAGGGCUCGAGAAGAACGACGAAAAAAAAAGUUAGAAAAGUUUAUUAGAAGAUUAGAAAAACAUGCUCAACAAUUAAAACCUAUUACUGAACAAGAGAUUCCAAUUCAAAUGAAAGAUGCUUUAGCGGAAGGAAAAAUUGUAGUUCCUGAGCCAACACCUGAAGAAAAAGAAGAAAAAUUUUUUGUCCUUAAGGACUGGACUAGAUUCAAAACAAGAGAACAUAGAACAACACUAAAAUUGAUAAAGCAGCUCGUGGGGGAAAAAGAAAAAUUUUUAGAAGAAUUAAAAAAAGAAUCUCCAGAAAAAUACGAAGAAGCUAUUCAGCUAAAUCCAAGUAUACUGCCAUUAUCUAUAAAAGGCCCAACACAUUCACCACCAAUAGAAAAUUAUGAUGCACCUGACGGUGAAUACUAUGAUGUAACCAGAAAAUAUCUUGGAGAAACGUGAAAAAUUAAAAUGUUAAAGAAAUGAUGGUUAUUUAGAAAUAUUUUAUUUAUAGAUUACAAACUCUUGUAUAUAUAAAUAAUUCGUACACAUUAAAUGAUUUGUUAACUACAA